AUCAUUUACAGGCUGAUGUAUCAGGGACGUUCAUAACACUGAGGUUUAAAUUAUCAUGAACGGUUACGUCUCAAUUUCUGAGUUAUGAAUGACAUCAUCACCACCAUGUUCAAUAAAACAUUUUUGGAGGAGCUGUUCAAGCCACAUGAGCUGUACUCCAAGAAGACCCUCAGGACCGUGUUUGACCGACUGGCCCAUGCCUCCAUCAUGAGACUCAACCAGGCCAGCAUGGACAAGAUGUACACACCCGUGUCUAGUGGCGAAUUUCAGCUCAUCCGGCAAACACUCCUCAUCUUCUUUCAAGACAUGCAAAUAAGGGUGUCCAUCUUCCUCAAAGACAAAGUGCAGAAUUCCAACGGACGUUUUGUCCUCCCGAUCUCAGGUCCUGUGCCCCAUGGAACACACACCCCAGGUCUGAUCAGAAUGUUCAGCUGCAAUGGCGAAGAGGUGAAGAGACUGUAGUUCCGUGACGGUGGGAACUACACCAGUGUUCUCCGCGAGGGCUCCUUUGAGAUGUUUGGAGAGAGGGUCAUCAAGCUGGGCACUAACAUGUACAGUGUAAGCCGUCCCGUAGAAAUACACAUGUCAGGGACGUACAAAAAGUCUGCACAACAAAAGUCCGAUCAACACAGCUCCAAACCCCCUGGCCAAAGAGGAGCUGAACAUGUUGGCCAGGUUAAUGGGGGGGUAUGGAAGUCCAGAAACCAGGAAAUGCAGACAGUGGCUUCCGAGUCAACCUCUUUGCCACAGAUGAGGAAGAAGAGGAGGCCUUGAUAUUGAGACCAGACGAGUUUUCAUAUGACGUCAUAAAAUCCAAGCGACUAAGAAACAUCAAGCCAAUGCAGAGCUGGUCAAGAUCAUGGGGGACUUCUCGGAGGAGGCUGGCGAACCGUGCCCAUUGAGUGCCAGCAGUAAA